AUGGCGCGAACAAAGCAAACGGCACGUAAAUCUACUGGAGGAAAAGCACCUCGGAAACAAUUGGCCACGAAAGCUGCGCGUAAAUCGGCGCCUUCAACUGGCGGUGUAAAGAAGCCCCAUCGUUACCGCCCGGGUACUGUUGCCCUUCGAGAAAUUCGUCGAUAUCAAAAGUCAACUGAGCUUCUCAUCCGAAAACUUCCGUUCCAGCGACUUGUUCGUGAGAUUGCACAAGAUUUCAAAACCGAUCUCCGUUUCCAGUCAGCUGCUAUAGGGGCCCUGCAGGAGGCCAGUGAGGCUUACCUUGUGGGCCUUUUCGAAGACACUAACCUCUGCGCAAUUCAUGCAAAACGCGUGACAAUAAUGCCGAAGGAUAUCCAACUUGCACGUCGGAUUCGUGGGGAGCGUGCUUAA